AGAGAUGGUUAUUUGAUUGUUGUUGUUCAGGUUGCAUCGGAGCUCAAGUCCCUGUCUCGCAUUUCAGGGCCCAUGCUCUUGACAGGCCUCUUACUCUACUCACGCUCUAUCAUCUCCAUGCUCUUCUUGGGCCGCCUCGGCCACCUCCCCUUGGCCGCGGGCUCUCUCUCUCUCGCCUUCGCGAACAUCUCUGCCUUCUCUCUCCUCUCCGGCCUCGCCCUCGGCACCGAGCCCCUCGCCUCCCAAGCCUUUGGCGCCCUCCAACUGCCCCUCCUCUCUCUCACUCUCCACCGCUCCAUUCUCCUCCUCCUCACCACCUCCAUCCCCAUCUCCAUUUUGUGGCUGAAUUCUCGCCCGCUUCUGCUAUUCGCGUGCAAAGAUGUCGAAUUGGCGGACGCUGCUCAUCAAUUUCUCGUGUUUCUGAUCCCCACGAUCGUCGCUCAUUCGCUAUUGCAUCCGCUACGCGUGUUCCUGCGCGCUCAGGGGAGGACGGCGCCCCUCGCUAGGGCGGCGCUGCUGGCUGCGGCGGCACACCCUGCAAUCGCGCAGGUACUCUUGCCACGGCUCGGCCUGCGUGGAGUGGCACUAGCCGCGGCGCUUGCCGACUUCGUCCUCGUCUUUGCUCUGCUCCCAGAAGCCCUUAAGUCACCGGCAUGGGCCCCACCACCAUCCGCCCGGGCCGCUCUGCGCUGCUGGCGGCCGCUGCUCUCACUGGCAUUACCUACAUGCGCAUCGGUCUGCUUGGAGUGGUGGUGGUACGAGCUGAUGAUACUCCUCUGCGGCCUCCUCCAUAACCCCAAAGCCAAUUUAGCAUCCAUGGGGAUCCUCAUCCAAAUUACUUCUCUGGUUUACAUCUUCCCCUCCGGUUUAAGCCUCGGCGUAUCGAUUCGAGUCGGCAACGAGCUCGGAGCCAAUCGCCCAGCGAAAGCCCGAGCCGCGAUGAUCGUGUCCCUCUAUCUCUCCCUAUUUCUCGGUCUCUUAGCCAUGGCUUUCGCCUUUCUGGUGAGGUUCAAAUGGGCAACAUUGUUCACCGCAGACCAAGAGAUCAUAAGCUUGACAUCAAUGGCGUUGCCCAUAGUAGGGCUCUGUGAAUUGGGCAAUUGCCCACAAACGACCGGGUGCGGCGUCUUGAGAGGAAGCGCGAGACCGGUGCUCGGCGCCAACAUAAAUCUGGGGUCCUUCUAUUUUGUGGGGAUGCCUGUGGCAUUAGGGUUAGGGUUUUAUUUUGGGCUGGGGUUGAAGGGGUUGUGGUUGGGGUUGCUCUGUGCACAGGCUUGUUGUGCAGGGUUGAUGAUGUGUGCUUUGUGGAACACUGACUGGGAAAUGGAGGCUGAAAAAGCUAGGGUUUUGACAGGAGGAGCAGAGCAGCAGCCAGAGUUGCAGAAGAAAGGUGGCCAUGAAAGUUGCUUGUGUAAAGAAGAUGCAGACUCAGAGCCUCUGCUUUCAACUCAGUGUUAGAGAGAGAGAAAGAAGGGGAGUUUGAGAUUGUAUUGAUUAUUCUUUAGUUUUGUGGUUUUGUUCUUCUGUUGAUUUUUAGUGGAAAGGAGAAAAGGGGGGUUGGGGAUUAUGGAUUUUGAUGUUAAUAUAUGAUUUUGAUUUGGGAUUUUUGUUUAUUGAUUUUUCUCUUUCUUGUUUGUUGAUGGGUGAUGAGAAGGAAAGUGGAGAGAGUAAAUGUGAUGAAAUGGGGUGGCUGGGUCUUUUCUGUAAAUAGGAAAAGGUGGUGUCUUUUAUUGCAUUUCCCCUAGAGAGAGAGAGAGAGAGAGAGCAUUUUGGACUGAAUAUUGGUCUGAGUACUUUAUGAAGUAAGUAUCUGUUGCAAUUCUUCUGUUGUACUUCUCUGUAUUGGAAAUGCAAUUUGGAUUUUGGGAAGAGCA